AUGUUGGGAUUCCAACUCGAUAUGGAAAUUGAUUGCGCCAAACCUUCUGUGGCGGACCACUCGAUCCAGCUCGGAAGCGCGGCAGCCCUGAAAGAAGCGGAGUCUGUAAAUCCCUUUACAGCUCACGUGGAGGUCACCCGUGCACACCCCCCAGUCCGAGCUCGGUACUUCUCGCUUCCUCCCGAGAAACGUGAGGCGGCCACUGAAGUGCUUCAGGAAGCCUUGGCCAAGGGCUGGAUAGAAGUUGUAGAGGAUGAUGACCCCAUGCAAUGGUAUUCCCCGACCUUCCUCAAGAAGAAACCUAACGGUACCUAUCGCAUCCUGAACGAUCUCAGGGAGGUAAACAGCAGAAUCCACACCUACGCCCCUAGAACUUCUUUGCCUGACAUCCUAGGGUGGAAGGUUCUACCACAAGGACUCUGCACAAGCCCUUACUUCUGGGAGAACUUCGUACGGGGCGCCCUCAACGAGAUCCAGCUCCCUCCCGGCGUCCUGGUCUUGACCUACGCUGACGACAUCACCAUCUGCGCUGAGAGUACCAAAUCGGCGUGUCGGGCUAGAGACCUCAUAGUUGAGGCUCUCCGACGACAUGGGGUCGAGAUACAGCCAGAGAAGUGCCAAGGACCGGGAGGAUCUGUGGACUUCCUGGGGUUACAGAUUACGCGGGAAGGCUGGCGAGCGAGAGACGAACCAGUGGCCAAACUCCGGGGUCUCAGAGCCCCCAGAGAUAGGGCGGAGUUGAGAUCUGCCCUGGGGGUGAUAGGGUAUCUGAAGCCUGUACGCCCUCUUGGAGAAGGGGAGGCCAUUCAACUCACCUAA